AUGACUCAAAUUGAGUUGAGUGCGUUAGAUCACGAAGAAAAUGUCGCGAUUCCUGUUCAAAAAGACUCGACUACCCAAGCUGGUGCAAAAAAAAGACAAAAAGUGGAUGAAACAUUUCAUCUGCUUUUAUUGCACGACGCGGUGGCACAUUGUACAUCGAGUCGUAAAACAAGCAAUUUUAAAAGAAAAGUUUUGUCAGAAACGAAACGGUAUUUAGUGUAUGAUCUUCCGUACACUGUUUGA